AUGGGCGAGUGGCAGCAGCAGACAAAAUUGGGCUUUGACGUCGAGACCGUCCUGGCCCAGCUGUCCCAAAACCAAAAGAUUGCUCUCUUGUCCGGCAUUGAUUUUUGGCAUACUUAUCCCAUUCCGGAGCACAACGUGCCGUCAGUUCGCCUGACGGACGGCCCCAAUGGCAUCCGCGGCACAAAGUUCUUCGCCGGCGUGCCCGCCGCUUGCCUGCCCUGUGGAACGGCGUUGGCCUCCACCUGGGACAAGCAGCUGCUCAGGAGGGCAGGAAAGCUGCUUGGUGAUGAGUGCAUCGCCAAGGGAGCUCACUGCUGGCUGGGGCCUACCAUCAACACGCCCAGAUCGCCCCUGGGCGGUCGUGGCUUCGAGUCCUUCUCGGAAGACCCUCAUCUGUCUGGCAUCCUCGCUGCUUCGAUGAUUCUUGGUUGUGAAAGCACUGGUGUCAUCUCUGCCGUGAAGCAUUUCGUAGGCAACGAUCAGGAGCACGAGAGACGAGCAGUGGACUGCCUCAUCACUCAACGGGCUUUAAGAGAGGUAUACCUGCGGCCUUUUCAAAUCGUAGCCCGAGAUGCAAAGCCCGGCGCCUUGAUGACUUCCUACAACAAGGUGAAUGGCAAGCAUGUCGCCGACAGUGCAGAGAUGCUAGAGGAUCUGCUGCGAGAGGAGUGGGAUUGGGAUCCUCUCAUUGUCAGUGACUGGUACGGCACGUACACCACCAUCGACGCCAUCAAGGCUGGCCUUGACCUCGAGAUGCCCGGCGUCUCAAGAUAUCGAGGCAAAUACAUCGAGUCUGCCUUGCAAGCUCGCCUGCUUAAGCAAUCCACCAUCGACGAGCGUGCCCGCAGGGUUCUCAAGUUUGCCCAAAAGGCCGGACAGCUGAAAGUCUCAGAGGUAGAGAGGGGGCGUGAUUUCCCAGAGGACCGCGCCCUGAAUCGCCAGAUUAGUAGCAGCAGCAUCGUCCUCCUUAAGAACGAAGACUCCUUUUUGCCUCUUCCCAAAACCAACGCCAAGGUAGCCCUCAUUGGCUCCCACGUGCGAUUACCAGCUAUUUCUGGAGGUGGCAGCGCCUCACUAUUGCCUUACUAUACCGUCUCCCUUUACGAUGCCGUUUCGGAAGCCUUACCAGGUGCCUCCAUCACUCAUGAAGUCGGUGCAUACGCGCAUCAGAUGCUCCCAGUCAUCUCUUCAAUGCUGUCCAAGGCUGUCAUCCACUUCUAUAACGACCCCAUCACCGUCACCGACAGAAAGCUCCUCGGCAGCGAAAACGUUGCGUCAACAUCCUUCCAGCUCAUGGACUACAACGGCGUCCCGAGCCUGAACAAGGCCAUGUUCUGGGGAACUUUACUUGGAGACUUUGUUCCCACCGAGACGGGCACUUGGGAGUUUGGCCUCAGCGUCUUUGGCACUGCAAACCUGUACAUUGACGACGAGCUCCUCAUCGACAACACCACGCACCAGACCCGUGGCACUGCCUUUUUCGGCAAGGGAACCACGGAAAAGAUUGGCACCAAGAAGAUGGUGGCUGGCAGCACGUACAAGCUGCGGCUCGAGUUUGGAUCCGCCAACACGACCAAGAUGGAAACCGUUGGCAUGGUCAACUUUGGAGGCGGUGCCGUCCAUCUCGGCGCCUGUGUGAAGAUUGAGCCUCGUGAGAUGAUUGCUCGUGCUGUCCGAGCUGCAGCGGACGCUGACUACACAAUCAUCUGCACAGGGUUGAGUGGCGAGUGGGAGUCUGAGGGCUUUGACCGUCCACACAUGGACCUUCCUCCCGGCGUGGACACGAUGAUCUCGCAGGUCCUCGAUGCUGCGCCAAACGCGGUUGUCGUCAACCAGUCGGGGACGCCGGUCACGAUGAAAUGGGCCCAUAAAGCAAAGGCCAUUGUUCAGGCAUGGUACGGCGGCAACGAGACGGGCCACGGCAUUGCCGAUGUGUUGUUUGGCGAUGUCAAUCCCUCUGGAAAGCUGUCUCUCUCAUGGCCCGUUGACGUCAAGCACAACCCUGCUUACCUCAACUAUGCGAGUGUUGGCGGUCGUGUUUUGUACGGAGAGGAUGUGUAUGUGGGCUACAAGUUUUACGAGAAGACGGAGAGAGAGGUCUUGUUUCCUUUUGGACACGGAUUGUCGUAUGCCACUUUUGCCCUUUCAGAUCCCGUCGUCAAGACAGUCCCCGAAACCUUCCGGCCGAACCAGCCCAGCGUGGCAAUAGUCAGGAUCAAAAACACAAGCAAGGUCGCCGGUGCCCAGGUCCUGCAGCUGUACAUUUCCGCCCCCAACUCCCCGACGCAACGCCCAGCAAAGGAGCUGCAAGGAUUCGAAAAAGUAUACCUAGAGGCGGGCGAGGAGAAGGAGGUGCACAUUCCCAUUGACAAGUACGCUACUAGCUUCUGGGACGAGAUUGAGAACAAGUUCAAGAGCGAGGAGGGGACGUAUGAGGUUUUGGUGGGAGUGUCGAGCCAGGAGAUUCUGGGCAAGGGAAAGCUGGUUGUUCCCGAGACGCGAUACUGGCUGGGGUUGUAG